GCAACUAUGAGCUCCAGCCACCCAGAGCCCGGUGCCCGGGCACCCCAGAGUCCCCGUGCCCAGACAUUGUCCCAGAGCUCUUCCAGUCUGCUGUGUGAAGGCCGGGAGCAGAGGCCAGAACUCCGCAAGAGUGCCAGCAGCACUGUCUGGCAGGCCCAGCCGGGCAAGGCCAGCACUUGUUCCCAAGCCCCAGAGGAAGCAGAAUGCCAGACGGAGAGCAUGGAGCCGGCACAGGCCUCCAGCCCCCAGCCACAGCCUGGUGCCGUGGGCCGCUGGCGGAGCAGCACUGUGGGCAAUGUGUCCACCAUGGGCACUGGAGAUUUGUGUCGCCUGCGGGCUCCCAGUGUGGCUGCUGUGCAGAGGAGCCACUCUGACCUGGCCCGUAGCAGCCAGACCCGUGGUCAUGGUGGGGCCCGGAAGGCCAGUCUCAGCUGUUCUGCCCUUGGCGGAUCACCUGUCCGUGGGGCUCAUCAGCUGCCUGGUAGUGUUUCUGGCCAGGGUGACCAGGCCCAUGCAGGCCUGGGAAAGGAUGUGGCUCCAGAGGAUGCGACUUCUGACUCUGUCUGGAUGCUGGGUGAGAGUCAGGAGUGGGAGCCUCCUCUGGAGCUGGAGGGCACAGCUGCCCACAGCGGCAGCCCCCACUUUGAGUCCAAAGCCUCUGGGCAGCCAGCUGCCACCUCCUGCCAUGCCCUGCCCCCAGCCGCAUUGCUGGGAAGCAUGAGGGAGGCUGGGGCUGCUGGCUGUUGCCAUGUCCUGCCUGCCACAGGGAUCCUAGCCUUUCCCAAAUUGGUGGCAUCUGUGAGCGAGUCUGGGCUGCAGGUUCAGCAGGGAUUGAAGUUCCACUGUAAAUUGCCUGCAGGGCUCCCUGGGCACUCCCACUGCUGUGCCCACCCUUGGGGCACCUCAGGCUUAGCUACAGAUUCGGGCUCCAGGACCAAAGAUGUGUGGACCAUGACCUCAGCCAGUGACUUGGCUGCUGGGUUGGCCUCAGCCCAGGAUGCUGGUGUGCAGGUGGCCCCAGUGGCAACCAGCAAGGCUGUGGCCACCAGCCCAUCCCUAGAAGCACCUGUGUCGCUGCACAUCUUCCCAGAGGUAACUCUGGGCUCCAGGCUGGAAGAGGCAUCUUCUCCUGUGCGAGAUGUGAGGUGGGACUCCGAGGGCAUGACGUGGGAAGUGUACGGAGCCUCGGUGGACCCGGAGGUGCUCGGUGUGGCCAUCCAGAAGCACCUGGAGAUGCAAUUUGAACAGCUGCAGCGGGCACCAGCUAGUGAGGACAGUCUGUCGGCAGAGGGCCGGAGGGGCCCCCUUCGUGCUGUCAUGCAGUCCUUGAGGCGCCCCAGCUGCUGUGGCUGCUCUGGAACAGCCCUUGAGUGA